UCGCGACCCCCGCGUCUGCCCCUCCCAAUUGAGCAAGAAGACCACACUCCUGGCUCUCCUAUCAUCUCGGCCGUAUUGCCAGAUGACGAUCCCGAACCCGCCGACCUUCCCCGACGCUCGAGUGUUGUGAGCAGCACCGUCGACGACGAUGACGAAGAGCCAGAUGGCUUCGAGGGCUAUGAAACAGAUGCUGGCGGCCCAAAGGUCCCCACCCUGAUAGAAUGGCGCAAUGCCCAACCCGGCGACCGCGUCUAUGUGACAGGCACUUUCACAAACUGGGAGCGCAAGUUCCGUCUGCACAAGGAUGGUCCUAGCAAACACAAGAACGCCUUGUCGGCCACACUACAACUGCCACCCGGUACUCACCACAUCAAAUUCAUCGCCAAUGGUGACAUGAUGACUUCCAAUGACCUGCCCACUACCGUCGACUACACCAACAUCCUCGUCAAUUACAUCGAAGUCUCAUUGGAUCAGCUGCCUCUUCAUGUCCUGGCCUCGAAUCAACCACAAAACACUCCUCCCAAGUCAAGUCACGAACCUCUUGCGCCCAAGUCGACUACAGGAACACCCGCUCAGGCCCCAGCAGACGAGCCAAAACCUCGACAACAACCACCCUUGGUUCGCCAACCGAGCAGAGAAUGGACACAAACGAUACCGGCUUAUCUUACAGAUCUCGACUCUUGGUAUCCGCCGCCCUCGGCAAAAGAUGACGCUCAGUCUCCUUCUGGAUCGGCUGCGCGUUAUAGAUUCGAGCGUGCCAAUGCAGCUGCCGAAUCUCAACCAGCACCUCCGUCACUUCCCAUGUUCCUCAGCAAAAGCAUUCUGAACGGAACCACACCAACAAAGGACGACAGCAGUGUUUUGAUCAUGCCAAACCACACGGUAUUGAACCAUCUAGCGACGACAAACAUCAAGCAAGGCGUGCUGGCCACGAGUGCGACUACGAGAUACAAGAGAAAG